AUGUCGAGGCAACCAAAUGUCUCGUCUCAAGACAGUGAAGCACAGGAAUAUCUUGAACUCGCUGCGUUCAAGGGUAAAUUCGAUGUCGCGGAAUUCAUCGCGUCUGCAUCUGAGAAGCUUAUUACGGACUCGAAGGCCUCUAAUGGACCAUUUAACCCAAAACCAUUCAUUCGGUCGUUUGAGGCAGCUGUAGACAAGCUCAUUGCUGUUCGCAAAGAUGUUCAAUCAAAGACUGAACAGAUGGAGAAGAGUGUACGGGUCGCAGAACGUGAAUAUUCGAAGAAGAUGGUAGAGCUAACGAAGGGCUUCGAAACGGUAGGAAAUUCGUUUUCAGGCAUGGAAAGUCGUAUGAAUGAAGUCAGUAGCAUUGCUGUCCGCAUUGGUGAUCAACUGGAAACUGUUCACAUAGAGCGGCAGAGAGCUCAAGCCGCCUAUGACUUGAUCGAUUUCUACAACCAGUUCAGCAAAGGCGACACAAGUCGACUUGAUGCCCUUCGUAAAGAAGGCCGAGCUGGGAGACGGCAGGUUGCUGUCGUGCUGAGGCGGUUAAAUACAGUCGCCAAAGAAGUGGAUCUUCCUAAUGCCGAAAAGACGAGAGGAAAUAUCGAGAAAUAUUGCGAAAAGUUUGAAAAAGAAAUGCUAAACCUUUUCGACCGAUGCUAUCGCAAGGGUGAUCCAAAGAUGAUGCAUCACUGUGCUCAAACCCUUCUCGAAUUUAAUGGCGGUGCAUCUUGUGUCCAAGUUUAUGUCAACCAACACGAUUUCUUUAUCAACAAUGUCCGCGAAGAACCGGCCCCUGUGGAUAAUAUUUUAUGGAAUGCCAUCCCUGAUCCAAAUGCCAGUCCUCCGAAAACUGAACUUGGGUUGACCGAUUUAUUUGUGGAAAUUCGAGCAACGGUAGAUACGGAAGCACAGAUUGUGAAGGCUGUCUUUCCAAAUCCGCCCAUCGUCAUGCAGGUAUUCUUGCAAAGAGUGUUCGCUCAAUCUAUUCAACAACACAUGGAACAACUGCUUCACAAGGGUUCAGACAUUUCAGAUCUAGCCUAUCUGCGUAUCUUACAGUUGGUCCACUUCCAAGCAUCUGCGCUGGUUGAGGACUUGAAAGCACAUGAAUUACCCCAUACAUCUCCGCGAACACCAUACGAGGCUACGGAGUUUCGGCGCUCCUUGGCAGGAUCUGCUCCGGUCACUGGCGCCGCACCGUCUGCGACGAUUAGUGCGAUGCUAGAGACUGCCAUGGAGGAAUUAUUCGUUCCUUACACGGAGGGCCAGCGAUACAUGGAGAGGGAAAACAAGAGCCUCGUCUCAUUGUACAUGAAUCUUCUUGCCAACUUCACUCGAUAUCACAAAUCAACCAAGGCCAAAUCGUCCAUGUUCGAUCGUAUGGUGAAUCAAAUUAGUGCUGCAACAACAACGUCCUCGGGCGGGGGCUCUGGUACUCCUUCCGCCCAAGCUGCCUCUGCCCUGAUGAGGUUUGGAGUAAUCAGCUCAGACCGAAGUUCCGACAGAAAUAGUGAAGAGCCCGUUCGAGAGGAAGACGGUGUAUUGACUGUCGACAUCGCUGAGAAGAUGAUGAAGUGGCAUGCAGAAGCCAUAGGUCGCUGUGUUGAACUAAGUCCUUCAAAUGAUGUGCCCAAAAACACAUUUACUCUGCUCCGUGUUCUUGCUGAAGCUCUUGGGGUGUCAUACGUCGAUGCUGCUGUAGAGACAGCGCUGUCUCGUUUGGAUGUUGCUGAUACCAAGUCGGAGCCAAACUUGCAACCUUUGUCGCUCAUCCGCUCUAUCGACCUUAUUUGCCACCUUUGGCAACAAUAUAUCAACACCGCUCUCCUGCCACUUGCAAGCUCUUCUGUCACCAUUCGCCGUGAGAUGGUGGUGUUCAACAACCAAGUGAUCAAUAGAAUGGAGACAGGAGCCAAUAGCCUACUGCAGCGCAUUACUGACGCCAUCAUUAACUGGCUAGCGCUUCAAUUGACGAAGCAGAAACGCAAUGACUUCAAGCCACGCAACGACGACCUAUCAUUCGCCCGCGUGAACACCGAACCUUGUGUUACCUGUUGCGAGAGCCUGGAGAAAGUCAGAGACGCCGCAAAUCAGAAUUUAAGCGGCAAGAAUCUGGAAGUAUUCCUGACCGAAAUCGGCGUCGCUUUCCAUAGUCUACUCUUGGAACAUCUUCGUAAAUUCCCAGUCAGCGCAACUGGAGGACUGAUGCUUGCCAAGGACUUGAAAUCGUAUCAAGAUACCAUCACCAGCUUCGGUAUUCCCGCUCUGCAUGAGCGCUUUGAGUUUAUCCGUCAGCUCGGAAAUGUCUUCCUUGUCAGGCCUGAGAUUCUCAAGUCCUACAUCACCGAGAACUAUCUAGGUCGCAUCGAUUCAUCACUACUGAAGCCAUACCUGUCUCUGCGGAGUGAUUGGGGACAAUUCGAGAAAGGCUUUAACGACGUCGAGGCAGUCCCAGACGAGGUUGCGGCCGGUCCUGGCCUAAAGGAUCGUUUCGCCCGUCUGAGCAUCAUGAUGAAGGAGCUGGAAGGGUUGAAGCCAGAAGGUAUCUCCAUGGGCAUGCCUACGAUCCCUGCCAGUCUAACAGGCACGUUCUCGAGACCGUUUGGAAACUAA